AUGUCGAAGAAACUUUUCUUCCCUCAAUUGUCUCAUGAUUUGACCAAACUAAUCACGGACGAACGAUUCAGUGACGUGAUCAUUGAAACCGGUAGAGAUGAUGAUAAAAAUUCAUUCAAGGCUCACUCCUCAAUAUUAUACUGUCGUUCUCCUUAUUUACGCAAGGAAUUACUCAGGAAUGAAAAAAGUGAUGACCUUUUGAGAAUCGAUUUGAAUAUCCCUGUUAAAACCUUUCGGGCUUUGCUAAGGAUACAACCGUUUCAACAAAUUUUUGAUCCAAAGGUCUAUGACUCGGUGAUGAUGAGAUAUUGUAUGAUACCUAGCAUCCAAGGAGAACUUACGACAAAUCGGAAAGGGGGAGGUUGGAUUGAUGGAUAUUGA